CCCGAUCAUCAUACACAUAGAAAAGCUCUUAUAAGGUGGUUGCGAAAAUCGAUAAAUAGCGGCUGUUUGGAGCGCGCGCGCGUGCGAGCGACGACGGUCACGCCGCCUGCAUCCUGCAGCGCGAACGAUAAAACGCGUGUGCUGCCGCGCGUCGACUCGGUCGGUGGUGGUGUGUUUUUCGGAGUAUAUACCCCCCGCGAAUCGGUGCUGCAGUGCCAUCGCGGAUAACGCGUCUCUCUGCAGCAGCGACACAGCAGCAGCAGCAACGAAACACAACACGCACGCACGACCCGACAAGAAGAAGAGAAAAGAAGGCGAUAUUAUCAUAGAGACGUCGCGCGGUGGUGCCGCCGCCGCCGUCGCUGGACUGCGUGAGCGUACACGAUAACACACAAGGCUGCGAUACAUGCAUGGAGGGCCCAGGUGACGCGCGGCACGCGCCACUACCCGACCAGCAGCAGCAACAGACUCGCCGGCAGCUGCGCAGCCUCGGCGCCGGCGCCCUCGCCGACUCCCCGGCCAAUGGCAUGUGCGCGACGACUUCUUCCUCCACCGCUGCCACUGCCGGAGGUGGUGGUGGUGGUAACGGCGGAGGAGGAGGACGCCCUACCUCCACCACCACUGGCACGCAGAUCGCUGCCGCCGCUGGAAGCCAACAGCAGCAGCAGUCGGCCGGUGGGGGUAGCAACGCAAGCUCCUCGCGCCUCCAGCCGAGACAGCAGGCGCCCACGGCACAAGCCCAGCAGCAGCAGCGGCAACAGCCACCACCAACGCAGCAACAGCAGCAGCCAACGACGCAGCAACCACAGCCACAGCAGCAGCAGCAAGAGGUUGUUGUCGUCGGCGGUGGGGCCGAGGUUAUGUCCGGCUCGUCGGCCUCACAGAGCCCCGACAUCGCGUGCGCGAGCAUUCCGUUGGAGCUGCUCGCCGCGGGCGCCCUCGGCCCCGUCAAGGAGGAGCGAGAGCUCAUUACCACUGAUCACCACCACCACCACUUGCAGCAGCAGCACCACCACCACUUGCAGCACCAUCACCACCAUCAACAGACCUCAGUGAUAGUGCAGACGUCGCACGGCGAGUGCGACUCGCGAGCGACCGACGAUCCCGACGACGAUCAACAAUCGCAACAACAGCAACAGCAGCAGCAACAGAUCGGCAAGCUAUCGCCCUCGUCGGCGGCCGGUAUCGGCAUGAUCGACGCCGGCGAUUUUCGGGCGAUGCAGCCCGAGCCGACCUACCAGACGCUGACCAGCGUGGCGGAGCGCAUGUCGCCGCCCGGUUUCUCGCCGGGCUCGAGCUACGCCACCCUGACGCCGCUGCAGCCGCUGCCGCCGAUCUCCACGGUAAGCGACAAGUUCGACAAGUUUUACGGGGCGCAUCACGCGAGUGCCGCGAGCAACGCCGGCGCGACCGGUAACGCUGGCUCCUCGGCCGGCGGCAACCAAAGCGCCAAUCAGCAACAGAGCCAGCAACAGCAACAGAGUCAACAGCAGCAGACGCAGUCCAACGUCAGCGGCAGCUUCGCCGUCAUGCAGAACAACGGCCUGGCCAACAUCGGCCUGGGCGGCAUGGCCGGCUCGCCCUAUGGCUACGACAAGCUGCCCUCGAUGGGAAUGUCGCCGCCCCACAAUUACGCCUCGCCCGGGGCAGGGCCGGGUGGUCUGCAGCCGUCGCCGCUCUCGCCCCAGAGCGCCUACAGCCAGAGCGCCCUCAACUCGCCGCACAAGUCCGCCUCGCCGCCCGGUGGCCACGGCGGCUACGAGCCGGCCUUUCUGCCGAGGCUGCAGCAGAGCCCCCAGGGUCUGUCGCCACCCUCGCCGGGCCCCGGCCAGCAGCAGCAACAGUAUCAUCAGCAGCAGCAGCAUCAGCAUCACUCGCCUCUGGGGCCGGCCUCGUCGCCGCCGCCGAGCUUGCAGCACCACCAACAACACAUGCAACAGCAGCAGCACGUGCAACACACGUCGGUCGUGAUGAAGACGGUGUCGGUGUCCGCAGCGGCGGCGGCUGCCGCGGCCGCGACGGCCGCCAGUAACGGUGGUGGCUCCAGUGGAGGUGGCGGCAGCGAAGUCGAGGAGAUCAACACGAAGGAGCUGGCGCAGCGCAUCAGCGCCGAGCUCAAGAGGUACAGCAUACCCCAGGCGAUAUUCGCCCAGCGAGUGCUGUGCCGGAGUCAGGGCACGCUCAGCGAUCUGCUGCGCAACCCCAAGCCCUGGUCCAAGCUCAAGAGCGGCCGGGAGACCUUCAGGCGCAUGUGGAAGUGGCUGCAGGAGCCCGAGUUCCAGAGGAUGUCGGCCUUGAGACUGGCAGCCCUGAGCAACAGUUCCGAAGGCGGUGGAGGAGGAGGCGGCGGCGGAGGUGGCGGCAACAGCAGCGUGGACUCGGACGGAAUGAUGGAUAUCCAGCACGGAGCCGGCACUAUCGACAAUUCGCAUCAUCAACAGUUUCACAACGCAUAUGCUGCACAGAUUCCACAACGAGGAAGUGAGUACCACGAAUUUUCCGACUACGAUUCCUGCAAGAGGAAAGACGAGAUGUCGAGUCAGUCCGAGCAUCAGCAGCCCGCCCCCAAGAAGCCCCGACUGGUUUUCACAGACCUCCAGCGCCGUACUCUACAGGCUAUUUUUAAGGAGACGAAGAGGCCGUCGAAGGAGAUGCAGGUGACAAUCGCCAGGCAGCUGGGCCUGGAGCCGACGACGGUCGGCAACUUCUUCAUGAACGCGAGGCGCCGCUCCAUGGACAAGUGGAAGGACGAGGAGCCGGCCUCGUCCCAGCAGAGCAAGGGCAGCGUGAGCAGCGUCGACGAGGCCCAGUUGUCGCCGACGAUCGGCAUCAGCCCGAGGCAGGCGAGCGACGUUUUGUGACAUACGUCCGACCAGGAGGAGUAUCACGACGACUCCAACGACGAGGAUCUGGCCUUCUCUUAAACGAGAGACAAAGGGGCCUGAAUCCUCGACGUUUUACGUGCCUCGACUCUUUAUCUCUCUCUCUCUUUUUGUAUACUCUUCUCUCUUCUUAAAAAGAGCCCUUAUUUUUUAUUACUAUUAUCGAUAUAAUGUAUAAUUAGUCGUAAUCAUCGAGUCUUGUACUGCAGUUACGUUACCCUGUGCCAUGUAUGUAUUGAGCCCCCCCUCGACGCAGUCGUUGACGUUUUAACCGCUAGUCCAUUUGUUCUGUUUUAUUUUUUUAUUAAUUACACAUGCAACAUCCUAAUGUACGUACGCAGAGACUUCUCCAACGAAAUCUAGUCGAAAUUGAUACUACCAUUAGAUUAUUAAUUGUUAAUUACUCUACUUGCUAUCUCAUUGUUUAUUCCUGUGUUUUAUAGCUUUGUAAGAAAAGAGAGAGAGAGUAAAAGAGAAACAGGAAGAAGAAGAGAGAGAAAUUAAGAGAGAGAGAAAGAGAGAGAGAGAGGCUUGGAUCGUCGGAACCCUCGCUGGUCGCGGUCGCGCAUGGAUAGCGCGACCAACAAACCUUAAUUAAAUAAAAAAAAAUUAGACCAUUAUUACGUAUAUUAUAAAAAAGAAAAAAAACUAUUACGAUGAAACACAAGGUGAUAAUGCAAUAUACAUGAAACAAAACGUAACAUAUACGGAUUAGUAUAUGUGUAGGAUUUUACAAGAAAACAAUUUUAAAAAAUUAUUAUUAUUAAAGUAAAAAAAAAAAAAAAAAGAAACCGAAUGCCUGCCUGCCUGCGCUGAUGUGACGAUGUGACGCGAUGAUAUAUAAAACGCACGCACUUUAUACUCAGCAAACAAAUUACACAUUGGAGAGAACAAAAAAAAAAGAAAGAGAGAGAAAAAAUAAUAAACGAUUUAAAUUUUUAAUCUUCGCGAACGAAACUACUUAAACGGGAAAUACAAACAAACAAACUAACUAACAAAAAAAAAAAGAGAAAAAAGAGGGAAAAAGUUAACGAUCGCCUGGUGGUCGCUGGUGGUCGCGGCAAAAAAAAAAAAAAAAAAGAAACGAGACCAUUCGAACUGCCGCCGCCCGCCCUGCGCCGCGCGCACAGGUCGACGAAUGUCAUAUUAUAGUACAAAGUAAACAUAUGCAUAUAGAGAAAUGGGCGUCGGUGAUAAACGACGCUCUGACGAUAUUAAAUGAUAAAAAAUAUUACAGAAAGAGAAAAAGGGAAUUACAUUAAAUGAACAAAAAAAAUUAAAUAAAUAAAGAAAGAGGGUUAAAAUAAAUCGAGUAAUAAAAGAAAAAAGACAGAAUAAAAAUAAUUUUUUCGAGCAAUGUGUGAGGUGUUGGGUGAGAGAGCGAAAGAGAACUCUUAUGUGUGUAGAAAAAUUGCGUGUGCGGAUUAUAAUAUGUGUCUGUGCGCUGUGCUGUGCUGCUCUUCUUGUGUACGUGUACUACGAGCCCGACGACGACGACCGAGACAAUUAUUGCGGUGGUGUAUAUGUAUAUUUAUAAUAUAUUACACAUGCACACACGCACACACGCACACACGACGCGCAAAAGUAUACCGAUGUGCAUCAGCGUAUUGCAACAAAAUGUAUGUACGCGUGAAAAGGACGACGUCAUCCCUCAAAUGCACACCCGCGUAUAUGUACGUGUGUGUGUGUCCGUGUGCGUGUGUGUAUACCUUUUUCGUCUCUGAGAGACCGGAGCGGCGUGUAUACGUGUGGGUAGUGUUAAUAUAUGUAUAGGCUGCAGCUGCGUGUGCAUGUGUGUAUUGCGCCUAGUCAAGGAAUAUCCUCCUCUGUGUCUGCCUGCCUGACGACGACGAACGAACCGAAAACAAAAUAAAAAUUAACUCACGCGCAAUAAUAAUACCAUUUGUUUCGAAUUGUUAUUAUUAUUAUUAGUACUACUUUUAUUGAUAUUUAUUGAUAAUGUAACAUUAUGUCAAGGAAUUGGCCUCGAUUGCCGGCACGCACUCUUGUAAAAAAAAAAAAAAACAAAAACAAUUUGUGAAAAAUAAUCUACGUUGUAAUAUCUGGAUCGCGCAAGUGUGUAUUAUUGUUGAACGUUGGAGCAAUUGUGAAAACUCAAAAGCGGGGUAUAAAGAAGUUUCCGAAGGAUGAUGCGUUCGAUCGAGCAAAAUAAAUAAAAAAAAAAACGACGUGCAAUCGCAAUAUUAUGUAUAACAAGGAAAAAAGGGAUACUAAUACUAAUCGAGUGCUAGUUUUUUUUCCGAGUCGGUAAGAAGACGGAAUUUGUAUAAUAAUAACAAGAACAAAAAAUUAUAAAUAAAU